GAAGUGUGCCAAAAAGGAAAAAGAACAAUGAUCAUGAAAAGGGCAAUGAUAAAGUUCCAAAGCGAACAAAAACUAUUGAUAAAACAGAAAAUAUAGUUGAUAAUAGGACAGCUUCAGAAUAUGAUGAGGCAGAUUUGAACUACAACGACGAUUUAGACUAUGAUAAUGAUGUAGAUUAUAGUAACUACGAUAUCAAUCCAAAUGUUGAGUUAUCAGAGAAACAGACACCAGUCCAAAGUCACUUAAAGUACCCCAAUAAAGACAGUCCAGACAACAUUUGGAUAUUACCUUCUGGCAAAUCUAUUGACAAAAUAAUUUGUGGUCCUAAGAAUCUGCACAAAUCGCA